AUGUCCAAUAUGAUUUCCUCGACAUUUGCCCCCAGUCUUUCGCGCCGGGACACCAAAUCCAGCAUCAGUCAUGACCCAUCGGUGGGGUCCAUGCCACCCCCGUUAACGAGUGGUAGCGGAUCACUUGGGCCUCAAAGCGCAGCAGCAAUCUACCAGCACAUCCACGAUAUGGCCGCUAAGCGGAUCUCUACACUGGGUUAUCUGCGAAAAGCGCACGAAGGCCGCAUCUACUGGUUCAAUACAGUUCACUUUUCCCGGACCGAUAUCAGCCGACUGCCAUACUUUGAGCCCCGUAAACUCGCCCGUCGCGCCAUCAAUUACCUUCUUUUGGGCCUCUCCCUGCCUCCGAUUCUCGAUGUCAGCACAACACCCGUGGAAUUCCUUCGCGCACUCAACACCCUCCUAAAUGAAUUCGAGGCUUUUCAGCAAGUGCAUCCUCCCGACGGCACCUCCUCCUCCACCCUCACUCGCGCCCGUAUCCCACAGAUGUUCAAGCGGGCUGCUCACGCCGGCACGAAAGCGCGCCGCACCAGUUCGGCCACAGAAAUCGGCCUACCGAUACAAUCCAGUGACCCGUCGGAUUUGAAGUCAAUGGCGAGUAACUCAGCCAGCGCGGCGGCAGCGACCGUCUCGUUUCCGCAUACGGAGGCUUCGGAGCUCCUCCCCGGCGAGGAAUACACAUAUCUUCUGACGCCAUUGUUACCAUUUGAACCGGACUAUUUCGAAACAUUUGUUACCCUGUGUGAUAUUCUAAUUGACUGUUACACCCGAUUGGUGUCGCUAGUCUUCACACCUUCAGUAUGUACUGUCGCAUUGGGGGAAAUGUUUUCUAAGGCGGAUGCCAAGAUAAGGAAGAUUAUGGUGGCGGGGAUCAUACGCGAAUUCGAGGAUGCCAGCCGUCACCAGGCCAAGAGCGAACUCAAUAGCGUUGGUCGCGUGGUUUUGGGCGGUUUGAUGGGCUGA